GCAUAUACUUAUUUUGAUUAACCAUUUAAGGCAUCAAUUAAGUUCGACAAAGCCAAUUUGAAUACGUCGUUAAUUCCAUUAACAGAGCUAUUAGACAGGGGUUAAUUGCCGUUAUUACCUCUGUUAAACACCAAACGAUGUCGUUUUAAAAUUAGAAAACCCCCAAAUCCAUAUAUCUCCAAAUCGAAAUCCCUAAAUCCCUAAUUCCCAGAAAGUUCAAAACAUACUUUCUUUACAAUUUCGUCUCAAUUUUCUGAUGAGUUCAUCUUCAGAGAUAAAUCAUGGGGGAGAAAUUCGUGGAUUCCCAGUGAAGUGUGAGUGUGGUUUACGCGUAAAGCCUUACCUAUCGAAGACACAAGAGAAUCCAGGAAGACCUUUCUACCGUUGCAUAACCAAAAAAGAUGGACAUUUAUUCAAGUGGGUUGAGGAUGCUGUGUGUGAAGAGGUUGAAGAUGCUAUUCCAAAAAUCGAAAUCAUUGGCAGGAAGCUUACUAAUACCAUAACUGAGGUAGAUGAGUUAAAGACUUUGAUUAAAGAUUUGAAAGAAGGUGUAGCAAGGAGCGAGAUGGAAAUAAAGAAGUGGAAAGCGUUGAUGAUGUUGUGCUUUGUGUGUGUUUGCUUUGUGGUCAUUUGCAUUGCUUUCUUAAUGUUUGGUAAAGCUAUGAAAAGCAAGUCUGCAUUUACUUCUAUGUAGCUUUGAUGUUUCUUCUAUGUAUGUCAUGUAUGUCGACAUUGUUGUUGUCUUUGAGUUUGCAUUUGACAUUGUUGUUGUGUUUCAGUGCACUAGGUAUGGUAAUGAGACAUUCAUGUUUGUUU